AUGGCAACCAACAUCACAUGGCACCCCUCCCUCUCUCGCGCCGAGCGCAACGGAUUCCGCAAGCAAAAGGGCUUCACAAUUUGGUUUACUGGCCUCUCUGCGUCUGGCAAGUCGACCAUUGCAACUGCGCUCGAGCAGCACCUUCUGCACCUGGGCUACGCUGCAUACCGCCUCGACGGCGACAAUGUGCGCUUCGGCCUGAACAAGGACCUGGGCUUCACAGAGAAGGAUAGAAACGAGAACAUCAGACGGAUAGCAGAGGUCGCCAAACUCUUCGCGGAUAGCUCCACAAUCGCAAUCACCUCCUUCAUCUCGCCCUACAAAAAAGACCGCGCCACCGCUCGCGAACUCCACGCCAUCACUACCGGCGAUGAUGAGCCCCUCGCCUUUGUAGAAGUAUUUGUCGACCUCCCGCUCGAGGUUGCAGAGGCGCGCGACCCCAAGGGCCUAUACAAGAAGGCGAGGGAAGGCAAGAUCCCAGAGUUCACAGGCAUCAGCGCACCGUACGAGGCGCCCGAGAAUGCGGAGAUUCACAUUAGGAGUGAUCAGAAGAGCGUGGAGGAUAGUGUCAAGGAGAUUACUGAAUAUCUGCAGAGUAAGGGGCUUUUGGAGCAGCUGAAGUAG